CUCAUGUAUAUUUAUAUGGGAUUCCGCAGUGAGGCGUCUGGAUGUUGGUGUCUUUUAAGGAGGUGGACCCGCGCCUGCUGAAGGAGCUGAAUUCGCUCAAACAGAGCCACCUCGAUUUGCCGUUCCGCCCGUCUCAAUGCAGAAGCUCCGAGAGCAUCGCUAAUGGCAACCUGCGAGGGAGAGUGCGCCAGCCCGCUGAACAGAGCGCUUUCGCGGAUGGAUGUGACCCACUGUUGUCCUUAGCCGAGGGGGAAACAAGACCUUGUACAUUUCGGAUACAUGCUCAAGUCGUAUUUUUUUCCAACCAAGAGGAUUUCGUGACGAUGGCCCUGCGAUUUGGGAUUUCAGUUCUGUAUGUCUACGGAGCGAUGUGUAGUGCAUUACAUUCCAGCAAUUCCCUCUCUCAGAAUGGAACCGCCUUGACGAAGACGAGGGCUUUGCGUGAUGAGAGCAGGUUCUUCGGAAAAGAAAACACGGUGCCAGUACGACUGAUCUUUCGGACGGAUAACAACAGCCAAACCACACACGACGUCCUAAACACACGGAUCCAAGCCAACUCCGACGCUGAACAGACGAACCACCUGGCUCAGACGAGCUUCCAGCUGAAAGCUUUCGACCAGACAUUCAUCCUAGAUGUGGAGAUGAACCAUGAUCUGCUGUCUUCAAAGUAUGUGGAGAGGCAUAUAUCAGAGGAGGGGAAAGCGUACAUCUCCAAAGGCGGUGAGCACUGCUACUACCAGGGGAAAGUGCGAGACGCUCCACAGUCGUUUGCAGCACUGUCCACAUGCCACGGAUUACAUGGGAUGUUCUUUGAUGGGAAUCACACAUACAUGAUUGAACCAGGAGACGAGGACAGUGAAAAUAACCUCCUUUCAUUCUCUGUGCAGGACGAUGUCAAAGUGCACAUGAUAUAUAAGUCUCCUGGAUUCCAGCCUCCAGACGAUCAUGUCCCACCCCUCCACCUUGCUGAGUCACCCUUCACUGGUGCAGGUCACAGGAGGAAAAAGAGACAAGUGUCAAGAAGACCGCGCAGUGUCCAAGAUGAGACCAAAUACAUUGAGCUGAUGGUUAUUAAUGAUCACCUGAUGUUUAAGAAGCACAGACUAUCAGUUGGACAAACAAAUAACUAUGCAAAGUCAGUUGUGAACAUGGCUGAUUUGAUCUUUAAAGAGCAACUGAACACUCGAAUUGUCCUGGUUGCCAUGGAAACAUGGGCAGCAGACAACAGGUUCAAUAUAAAUGAUGAUAACCCCAUGAUCACACUCCGAGAGUUCAUGAAGUACAGAAGGGAUUUCAUCAAAGAGAGGAGUGACUCUGUCCAUCUCUUUUCGGGCAACCGUUUCCAUAGCAGCUGGGGAGGAGCCUCUUAUAUGGGAGGGGUCUGUUCAUUGACUAAAGGGGGAGGAGUUAAUGAGUAUGGAAAAACAGAGGAGAUGGCUAUCACUCUAGCACAGUCACUUGGGCAAAAUAUUGGCAUUUUUUCCGACAAGAAAAGGAUUCUAAAUGGGGAGUGCAAGUGUGAUGAUAAGUGGACUGGCUGCAUAAUGGAUGAUGUUGGCUUCUACCUACCCAAGCGCUUUUCAGACUGCAAUGUGGAGGAGUACCACAACUUCCUGAACAGUGGUGGCGGGGCAUGUCUUUUCAACAAACCCUCCAAGCUGCUGGACCCUCCGGAGUGUGGGAAUGGUUUUGUGGAGCCAGGAGAAGAGUGCGACUGUGGAAGUCCAGCGGAGUGUGCUCGAGAAGGGGAUAACUGCUGUAAAAAGUGCUCUUUGACUCAAGGAUCUAAAUGCAGUAAUGGCCUCUGCUGCAAUAACUGUCAGAUGGAGUUUAUGGGUGUGAUCUGUAGAGAGGCAGUCAAUGACUGUGAUAUACCAGAAAACUGCACAGGGAACUCCAGCCAGUGCCCUCCCAAUGUACACAAGAUGGAUGGCUACACUUGUGAAAAAGAUCAGGGACGGUGUUUUAAUGGCAGAUGCAAAACGAAAGACAGGCAGUGCAAAUACAUCUGGGGAGAGAAGGCAACGUCUGCAGACAAGUUCUGCUACGAGAAGCUCAACAUCGAGGGGACGGAGAAAGGGAAUUGUGGGAAGGACAAGGAUACGUGGAUUCAGUGCAAAAAGCAGGAUGUACAGUGCGGAUACCUGCUGUGCUCGAACAUCUCCCCUGCGCCCAGGCUUGGGGAGUUGCAGGGAGGCCUGACCUCCUUUUCUGUAGCUCAACAUAGUGCUUCACUGGACUGCAGUGGAGGUCAUGUGAUGAUCGAUGGAGACACUGAUCUGGGUUAUGUGGAGGAUGGCACAGCGUGCGGCACUGAACGCAUCUGCUUCAGCCACAAAUGCCUCCCAGUGCAGGAGUUUAACUUCAGCACCUGCCCUGGCACCAACGACAGGGUCAUUUGCUCUGGACAUGGGGUGUGCAGUAACGAGCUGAAGUGUGUGUGUUACCUGGGCUGGGCAGGGGAAGACUGCAACUCCACGUCUCCUCUCAGCUCUCUGGUGGUGGGGCCCACAGUCACUUCUUCAGGCAUCAUCAGUACCAACAUCAUCAUCGGCGCCAUCGCUGGGUCUAUUCUCGUCCUGGCUCUUAUACUGGUCAUCUCUGCAUGGGGCUACAAAAACUACAGACAACGGCAGUACGCUGAAUCCGAAGUCCAUCGAAGAUUCUGCCGACAAAUGCCACCAGGCGACUACGUGAAGAAGCCGGGCGAUGUCGACUCGUUCUACAGCGAUGUACCACAGGGCGUGAGCUCAAACUCGGGUGGCAGCUCCAAGAAGAGGUCCAAUGGAUUGUCUCAUUCCUGGAGUGAGAGAAUCCCAGAUGCCAAACACAUUUCUGAUAUCUGUGAAAACGGACGGCCCAGGAGCAAUUCAUGGCAAGGGCAUAUUAGUGGCGGCCGUAAGAAGCUGAAAGGGAAGAAAUUUCGCCCUCGUUCCAACUCCACGGAGACGCUGUCACCGGCCAAGUCCCCCUCGUCCUCCACUGGUUCGAUCGCUUCCAGCCGAAGAUACCCUUACCCCAUGCCCCCACUUCCGGACGAGGAGAGAAAGGCAAACAGACAGAGUGCCAGGGUGAGACUAAGCGAUUUCUGUCAAAGGAUGCUGGACUUACACUUUUUUAAAGAAACCUGACUGUGGGAGACAUCGAUAUAAAGGCUCUCUGUGCAAUUACUCUGCAAUUCUCCUUAAGGACUACAUUCUCCUCCACUUUUAUAUGAAUGAGAAAAGUAAAUCAAACAAGAAAAAAAUGCAAAGUCAAAACAAAAAACUAACAAAAACAAAACAAAAUGGAGAAGGGGUGAAUUGAAUUUAAGUCCUCCAAGACUAGUGUGUCCACCAGAGGGCGCCAGGGUGAAGUGUGGGUGCACCCCUGAGCUUUUGAAGAGCACAGCCGCCAGUCUCUCAUCGUAGCGGUCCAAAAUGGACUUGCUCAAAGAGGCGGAGCCGCCCACUGGUCCAGCCAAUGCUGAGCGGAGGCCCAACGAAAGAGGCGGGCUGUCAGACUGCCUCUUGCUCACCCUUUUACUGCCCUCAUUGCCAAGACAUGGCCCUGCCCCUCUCUCUCCCCUCUACACCCUCCAACACCAAUAAUGUCUUGUGAUUGGUGGUUCUGUUGCCAUGGUGAGAGAAGGUCAUCAAAACUGAUGGAUGUAACUCGUUUUUGAAAGCACGCGUUCACUAUAGAAACCUCCACUGUAUGCAUGAGAAUACAUGUUUAUCCACUCCUAGUGCUAAGGACGAUGAUGAAAAUUAAUAUUUUAAUGAUCAGUAGCGCUAGGGGGCCGCAUGUCUCAGAGGGCAAGUCUGUAGGCUGGUAGGAAUAAUUUCCCAUUUUAAGGUUUCUCUCUUGAUCUCAUCAUACGGUGCAUUUAACACCUGACCCCAUACAAUCUCUUACUGUUAUCCUGUUUAUUUUCUCAGACAUUUCUGUAAAUAUGUAUAGUAAUGUGUGAUUGUUUUUGUGGGAUUUUUUCCUUAUUUUUUUUUUGGAACUUAUAAAGUGUCUAGUCUAGAAGAAACCUUUGCCAGAUCUUUGUCUGUUCUUUAUGAAUCGUGACCGUCUGUCCGUCACCUUUCCUCGUCAUUCUUGUCGCCUCAUGUCUGCAUUCCUAACGCUCCAAAACUCCUCGUUUAAUUUCUUCAUCUGUUCUCAGAUCAGUCAUAUUCUCUGUCCACGGCCCUAUGUCUGUGUUCACUUGCUGUAGAAUGCCUCUCCGAUGCCACCUGUAGCAAGCCCACAAGGGUGAAGAAUGCCGAGGCUUUAACAGGAACGCCAGUGGUUUCAACUGCUUGUUUUGACACAAAGCGCACCAUGAAUUUCUGUUAUGAAGCAUGAGGAAAAUUAUGAAAACAUGUCAAACCCUGGUAGAGCAGCAUCUCCUCCUCUCAUCCAAACUGGAGGGUCUGCGAAUGUAAAACACGCUACAGCUGUCUCGUCACGUCCCUCAGGUCCUUCGGACUGAUUUGAGCCAAGUUUGUUGCAUUAUACAGAAGUGCGGGCCCUCAGCGUCCGUAGCGUCAGUCUCUUGCGCAGCUUUUUGGAGCGGAAAUGCUUGCCAUCCGUUUACAACAUAGAAGAAAGCCUUGCGAGGUUCCCUUGGGAAUGACAUUUCGACAGCCACCGAGAUCCAUAAAUUAACCUGAGCAAGACUCCGUCACGGCAGUCAGUGUUAAAGUAGUAGUGCGUGAGAAGGCCCAGUAGCUGGCCUCCAACUGUAAAUAGCGUUUCUGUUCACUAAAGCCUGCUGUGUCUGUAUUCUGAAGAUGCAUUUUUCAGUGUGGGCGCUAAGUCACGUUAACGCCGUAUGCACUCGGACUUUACUUGCAACCAGCGUUGCCCAAACAUAAGAAGUAUUUCUAAAGUACCUUUGUAUCUUUCUUUUUCACCCCUGUAUUCUUGUAUGUAAACA